UUGGAUCAAAAUGAGAAAAUCCAACAAUUCCGCAUGGACCUUGGAAUAGUUGGAUCUGUCCCCAAUGGCAGUGCUAUCCGAGCUGCGACGCGAAGCCUUGAUCUUGGCACUGCUGGGGAUCCUGCUGGGGCUGCCAGUCACUCAACUUUCCCAGCUUCAGCAGGAAACCUUCCAGCAACCUUUCCUCGUGGCUGGCUUCUUGGUGAGCAUCAAAGGUGGCUUAAACACCGCUUUGGCCCCCUUGAUCGGUGGCCGAGUGGAUCGAGGAGGCCAUUUGGAUCUGUGGCUCUUGAUUUCUGUGGCGCUGCCCAUGGCUCCCUUCGCUGCCAUGUUGCUGACGUCCAGAUGUUCCAAGGAGACACAGGUCUUGGCCUUCAGUUUCGUCGACACGUUGCUGGGCCUCAGUGGGCCAGCCAUGUGCCUCUGCUUUACGCUGGUGCCUCAGCGAACUGCGAAGCUCACGGAAGGUUAUGCCCUGUUGAACUUCGCCCUCAGCAGCGGCCUGGGCCUCGGUGCUGCCCUAGGCGCCCUGCUGGGCUUCGGCGCCGCUGGCGGCGCCGCCGGGCUGGCGGCGGGCGCCGCCGCGGUCGCGGCGGCGUGGCCGGCAGCGGCGCGCGAGGCGCGUGGGGCGCCCGACACGGCCGGGGCGGAGAAUGGAGGAGAGGUGAUGAAGAUUCUGAAGGAGAAUGAAACGCUGAGACUCCUGAGUGUGGUUGUGUUUCUAGAUUUCUUGGCCGAGCAGAUGCUGGUCUCCUUGUUGCUUUUGUAUUUGGAGUCACGAUUUCAUUUCACAGCGGUCUACCUGGCCUGCGAACUGCUGUUGGUGGGCCUGUCUGCCUCUUUCUCUUUGCUCUUUGUGGUUCCCAAACUCCAAAAAUCUAUGGGCGACCUGGCCCUGAUGCGCCUGGGCAUGGUGGCCAACACCAUUUCUGUGGCUUUCUUUGGCAUAGUGUGGCAGCCCUGGCAGGUCUUCCUGCCACCCCUGGGCUGCAUCUUGGCCUUCGCCGUCUUCCCCACGGCCAACUCCCUGGCAUCUGCGUCGGCCGCGCCGACGCAGGCGGCCACGGCGCAGGGCCUCAUCUCGGGCGCGCGGACGUUGGCUGAGGGCGUGUCACCGGUCCUGUUCGGAGGCCUGUUCCAAGUGGCACAACGAAGCUCCUAUCCUGGCUGGCCUUUCUUGGUUGCAGGUUUAUGUGUGGCCCUUGGCACUGCAGUCUCCUAUUACAUGCCGGGUCCAGACGCUGGGGAUCUGCUACUGGGAGGUCGAAACUUGGUGCAGCUAAGUCCCUGGGGCCGAGCCAAGCGUCACGCUGAUCGCAUCGGUUGGCCUCCCUGGAAUCGCCAACGUAGGUUGAGCCAAGUGGUGAAAAGGCUGCUGGAACGUGGGAAAAGGUACCCAUCAUGACCUAUCCAUGACCAAAUCAGAUGGCGAUUUGCACAAGACGUGGCGACGGCGGCGACCGGACGGCGGCUCAUCUCGUGGGCCCACCAGUCAUCGAGAGCUGAUCCAGUGACUUCACCGUGAUUCAGUCCGACUUCCGCGAGUUGAUCCACUGCGACGGCAGGAAAUGUGGCUGGAUAGGGAUCACCAGGGAGUCCGUGAUAGGGAUUUCCCAGCGGUGCUUUCGAAGAAGACCCGAAAAGGAGUCUCGAAGAUGGCCGGAUGGGUGAGAAA